GGCGGCGCCAGCGUCGAGGUGCACCCGCUGCCCCCCACGGGCCGCGCCUCUAAGAAGCCCAAGUGCAUAAAGUUAGGAAGAAAAAUGAAGAUACACUCGGUGGACCAAGGGGCAGAGCACAUGCUGGUUCUCUCCUCAGAUGGAAAACCAUUUGAGUACAGCUACAGCGCGGAGCAUGCAAGGUUUCAGUGUGUUUUACAAGAAAAAAUUAUAAUCCAGAUCACAUGUGGAGAUUAUCAUUCUCUUGCACUCUCUAAAGGUGGUGAGCUGUUUGCUUGGGGACAGAACGAGCAUGGCCAGCUCGGAGUGGGAAGCAAGUUCCCCUCAUCUUCUAGCCCUCAGGUGCUAGAGCAACUCUCUGGGCUGGCACUGGUGCAGGUCUCUGCUGGGGGAGCCCACAGCCUGGCCCUGUCCAUGUCUGGAAACGUGUACUCGUGGGGAAGGAAUGACUGCGGACAGCUUGGCCUGGGCCACACUGAUGAGAAAGAUGCUCCUUCCCUCAUUGAAGCCAUGGACAACCACAAAGUCGAGUUUCUUGCAUGUGGUGGCUCUCACACUGCCCUGCUCACAAAGGAUGGCCUGGUGUUUACCUUUGGUGCUGGACAGUUCGGCCAACUUGGUCACAAUUCAACACGGAAUGCACUAAAACCCUGUCUGGUGACUGAGCUUGCUGGCAAAGGAGUGACCCAAAUCGUGUGUGGAAAGUGGCACACACUGGCCUUUGCUUCUGACCUGGGGAAGGUCUUUUCUUUUGGUUCCGGAAAAGAAGGACAGCUGGGAAACGGUGGGACACAUAAUCAGCUGGUACCUCGUCCCAUGAAAUUGUCACCCAAAGAAGAACUCAAGUUUGAAAACCACCUGUCAGGAAAAGAGUUAAUAAUGAUUGCUGGAGGGAAUCAAAGCAUUUUGCUGUGGAUGAAAAAAGAGAAUUCCUAUGUCAAUUUGAGGAGGAAAAUCCCUACACUGAAUGAAGGGACUAUAAAACGAUGGAUUGCUGGUGUGGGCACUAAACAAUGGCAAAAUACUAAAAGGGAAAUCAAAGAGAUAUUUUCAUCCCCCGCUUGUCUGAUUGGGAGCUUUUUGAGGGAAAGAAUAACUGAAGAAACCAUAUCUACUCAUUUGGAUUUAAAUAAAGCAAGGAAUGUUUUUAAGGAGUUAACCCAAAAGGAGUGGAUUACCAACACGAUAACCACCUGUCUCAAGGAUAAUCUGGUCAAAAAUCUUCCAUAUCAUUCUCCAUACCAAGAAGCCUUAGAAGUCUUCUUCCUUCUCCCAGAAUGUCCUGUGAUGCAUGAUUAUAACAACUGGGAGAGUCUGGUGGUUCCAUUUGCAGAAGCUGUUUGUAAAAUGAGUGAACAGUCCUCCAGCAUUCUGAACGAAUACUGGACAUCUCUGCAGGAGUCCACUUUCCUCAAACUGGUUCAGAUGUUUAAGACAGCCGUCAUCGCUCAGCUGCACUAUUGGACUGAGAACUCAGAGAGUCACUGGCAUGUCAAAGCUCUCCUAAAAGUGCUGGAAAAGCUGCACCGGGUAAACCAGAAUAAAUAUCAACUGCCUGGAAGUAUUUUCAUCAUAAACGAACUCUUUCACUGGCUCGAUUUUUAUGGAGAUGCAUAUCGAAGGUCCUCUUGGAAAGAUGGUUCGCAAGACCUCCAGUCUCCUGUCAUAUUCUGUCAUUUUCCAUUUAUCUUUAAUAUACUGUCGAAAAUCAGACUACUGUAUGCAGACUCUCUGUUAAAAAUACAGGAGAAGAAGUUCAGAGCUUGCAUGAGGUUGGUUGGAAUUGUGAACCAAGGAGCGUCUGAAUUAGCUCAGCUGCCCACCUUAAACCUGCGUGUCAGAAGGAGCCACCUGGUGGAGGAUGUGUUGGCUCAGCUGAGUCGAUUUGAGAAUGAGGACCUCAGGAAGGAGUUACUGGUAUCAUUUAGUGAAGAAAUUGAAGAUACCUUUGGAGGAGUGAAAGCAGAGUUUUUCCACUGUCUGUUUGAAGAGAUGACCCGGGCAGAAUAUGGGAUGUUCAUGUAUCCAGAAGAGGCCUCCUGCAUGUGGUUCCCUGUCAGGCCCAAGUUUGCAAAGAAGAGAUAUUUCUUCUUUGGAGUUCUGUGUGGACUUUGUUUAUUCAAUUGUAAUGUUGCCCACAUUCCUUUCCCUCUGGCUCUGUUUAAGAAGCUUUUGAACCAAACGCCAUCACUGGAAGACUUAAAGGAACUGAGUCCUGUUUUGGGAAAGAGUCUGCAAACACUUCUGGAUUAUGAAGGCGAUGACUUUGAAAAAGUGUUUUUUAUCCAUUUUAAUGUUCAUUGGGACAAAAGUGAUGUGGAGUUAAUUCCUAAUGAAAGCUGCCAAGUUGUCACCCAGGCUAACAAGAAAGACUAUGUGUCUAAGUGUGUCAGUUACAUCUUCAACACAUCUGUAAAGGCAGUUUACGAAGAAUUUCAAAGAGGAUUUUACAAAAUCUGUGAAAGGGAGAUUAUUGAGUUUUUCCAUCCUGAAGAGCUUAAGGAUGUAAUGAUUGGAAAUACAGACUAUGACUGGGAAACAUUUGAAAAGAACGCGCGCUAUGAGCAGGGGUAUGACAGCUCACAUCCCACCAUCGUGAUGUUUUGGAAGGCUUUACAUAAACUGACUUUGGAGGAAAAGAAGAAAUUCCUGGUGUUCCUUACAGGAACAGACAGAAUCCAAGUCAAAGGUUUGAAGAACAUGAAAAUCACCUUUUGCUGUCCUGAGCAUCUGAACGAAAGAGACCCCCUCCGAGCACAGACGUGUUUUAGCAUCCUCUACCUCCCCAAGUACUCCACCAUGGAGAGGGUGGAGGAGGCACUCCAGGCUGCCAUCAACAGCAGAGGCUUCUGCUGACUCCCUCACCUCCAUCACUUUUGACCCCUGUUUGCAUUUAUUUCAAAUAAAUAAGUUUUUAAGUCUUGCUACUAA